AAUGAUGACGUCAGAUCUCUUUCCACCAAUCACCUUCACGUACUUUGUAAAUACAUGGCGGACUGCGUUUGAGAAUUCGCGAGAAGCUUCAAACUUCGGUUAAAUUUAGGAUGGACUCUGACUCAGAUGAUAAUGAAAAUCCUGACUCAGGAGUUGUAGAUGUGGGAGAAAAGGGCGGGCUCUCCUCAUGUGGAUACUGUGGGAAGCUCCGAAACUUAAAUGCAGUUGAAUUGAUGUGCUGGCAAUGUGGUUCCUGGUUUCAUGAAUCCUGCAUCAGCUAUCAGCUUGGCAAGCUGGUGCCCUUUAUGCUCAACUAUUCCUUCACUUGCAAGACCUGCUCUACAACGGGUGUUGAGACCUUUCGCAAAUCUCAAGCACAACUUCGAGAUAUGUGUAUAACAGCUAUAGCAAACUUGCAGUUUGCAGGCAGCAAAGAUGGGCGAGGAAACCCCAUGUUUAGUCUUCAGAGGGAUGUCAUCCCUUUCUUAGAACAGAACUGGGAGGCUCUAACUACUGCUGCUCGGCGUUCCACUCAGUCAUGGCAUGCAACAUUGCAGCGAAUGCUUAUGAAGGAAGUUGAUACAUAUUUCACAGUAGAGGAAACGGGUGCAAGUGGUGAACCAACACAGCAUCACCCUUUCUUUGGUCUAAUAACUUCAGAUCUCACACUUAUCCGACCAACAGUCGAUGCACCUGGUGGGUGGCGGUCACCCAUAUCCGGCUCCUCUCAACAGCAGCAAUCGGGAAAGGGUCGAGGAGCCAAGCGAAAGGUACCAGAGACAACUGCUGGCAACAAGAAAGCUCGAGGGGAUAUGCCAGCCCCUAAACUUCAUGGCUACCCAGUAGACCAUCCCUUUAAUAAAGAUGGCUACCGUUACAUUCUUGCUGAGCCAGAUCCUCAUGCUCCUUUCAGGCAAGAGUUUGAUGACAGUAAUGAUUGGGCAGGUAAACCAAUUCCUGGAUGGCUUUAUCGGGCCCUUAGUCCUGGAGCUGUACUCCUGGCUCUGCAUGACCGUGCUCCACAACUUCGCACAGCCGAUGAUCGUUUGGCUGUGACAGGAGACAAAGGUUAUUGUCUUAUCAGAGCCACUCAUGGUGUGAGUCGUGGAGUAUGGUACUGGGAAUGUACAAUAGAAGAGCAGCCAGAAGGUUCACAUACACGUAUAGGGUGGUGCCAGCAACUUGCUAACCUUCAGGCACCUCUUGGAUAUGACAAAUUUGGAUAUUCAUGGAGGUCAAGGAAGGGAACAGUGUUUCACGAGUCCCGUGGGAAGCACUACUUUGAAGGAGGUUUUGGCGAGGGAGAUGUACUGGGUAUUAUGAUUGACCUCCCUGAGAAGAAUCCUGUGUUGCAGUUCCCACCAACAUACAAGGAUAAACCACUAGUCAAAUUUCGAUCUCACCUUUAUUAUGAAGAUAAAGAUGAUGUACCAGAAGCCCUGAAGAAUUUAAACCCUCUUUUAGGAAGUAAAAUUAUAUUUUUCAAAAAUGGCAAAUGCUGUGGAGAGGCUUUCCACAAUAUUUACGGAGGUACAUACUAUCCAGGAGUAUCCCUGUACAAAAAUAUUACAGUAUCUGUUAAUUUUGGACCAGAUUUCAAGCAUCCUCCUUCCUCCUACAACUACACUGGGAUGAACGAAAGGUGUGAGGAAUCCAUGGUGGAGCGGACACUUGCAGACAUGACCUACCUGGUGGAGAAUGAAGGAAAGCUAAGAUUGGAUGUGUUCACAUAAAAGAUAUCAUGCACAAAUUUGAACUAUAAAUUUACUGAAAUGGGCUGCUUGUGCUAUGUAAAUGUAGUGAAGAGCAGUAUAAUUUGGCAGUUUUAUUAAAUAAUUUUUGGUACA